AUGUCCCAGUCUAUCCUCUUGCCCGCGUACUCUCCCAACCACGCGUUCUCCUCUCCCGACCCCACUCCGCUGCGCGACCUGGCGUUCUCUGUGGCUGAGGCUGCUCUCCAGCCGGACCCCAACUCGCCUUCGCUUCACAUGAGCAUGCCCAAGAUGCCCUCCCCUUCAGAACUCGUUCGUUCCGGGGGCUGGCCCGCCCCUGCUGCGAGUUUCGACCGCGACGAGUGGGUGCAUGACGACUGGACGCAGAAGGCUGUUCGCAAGUCUGCGUGGGAGGCCAAUGGCUACGAGCGACGAGUCUUGAUUCGAUCUUCCGAUGAUAACGCGAUGUCGUCUCCUCCCGUCUCCCCCUCGUCCUACAACUUUUCGCUUCCUCCCAACUCGCCUUUGGCAAAGUCGGUCGCGAGCCAGGGCUACUAUUCUCCCACCGCGGCGACCUUUUCGGGUCUCGACCAGACGCGUCCUCCCCCCGAGUUCAAGCCUCGUCUCUCCGCCAUCGAGCGAGACUCCAAGGCCAAGAACGACGCGCCCAAGCAUGCGAGGACCCAGUCUGCGUUGCCUCUCUCUGGAAACAAGGAGAACAAGGCGUCUACCAGCAGGAUGCGUCUGCCUAGCCUUGCCGAGAUCCAGGCCAAGAUGACUUUCGGUUCACCCUCUCGUCAGUCCCCUCACAGGGCGCCCGUCGUCCGUAUGGACAGCCAAGAAUCCAUCGAGGUGAUCAAAACGCCUACUGAAGAGUGCCCCGCUCCUCGUCUCGAAGCCCGGCUCGCGCUUUCCUCCAUCCUCAACCGCCGCCCCUCUACGCCACCAAACACCGAGUCUGGGGCUCCGAUGUCUCCCACCAAAGAGUCUCGAUUGGCGCCAUUCCUGCGCGAGCGUACCAGCGGCAGGCUCUCUGGCAGGCCGGUGUCGAUGCCCCCCAUGACGUUUUCUGCCGACCAGCUGGCUUCGCUCGCUGCCAUUGGCAACGGUCGUUCUUCUACCCCUCCUCAGAGACCUGCUCUUACCAUUACUCCCCCCAAGGAGCGAUCGGUUCCUACUGGCCAAGUGCCUACUCCCCGCGCUGCGUUUCUCCGUACAUUUUCCGGCCAGGCUUCUCCCACCAGUAGGACCAUGAUCAGCACCCCUCCCCUCCGCUCUGCCACCACCCCCUCUACUCGCCGCUCCUACUUUUCCCCGGCCCUCGCCUCCCCCACAGGGAGCAUGAGCCCCACCUUGUCUAUCCCGAUGAUCACCUGCACGCCUGCGCCUGCGACGGUGUUGAAGGACGGCAAGGAGGUCGACUCGGACGAAGAGGAAGGGGACGUUGUGCUUUUCGAGGGCGAGAUCUUUGAGAGCGAGAGCGAGUCGGAUGAAGAUGAGGUUCUUUCAGAGGGCGGGGAGAUUGAGCAGGAGAUGAUGAAGGAGAGGGAGAGGGAGAUGAGGGCCGAGGUGAUGAAGAGGAUGCUCAUGCAGCGCCGAAAGUCGGACUAG